CCGAACUACACAAUUUUGUAUAGUGUAUAGUAGUGGAGCGAGACCCUAACUACGGCAUGGCUUAAAGAGCGUAUGGUAACGGUGAUUUUCCAGGGAGAGGCGAGAGACUUACCGACCAAAACAAGAGAGGACCUUAUCCGUGUGUAUGAGAAUGGAUGGUUCCGCAAGAAGACUUUCACCAGAGGCUUCAAGAGAGGGAGAGUGCAUGGGAAAGGGCCGAACGUUAUGUCAUACGUGGCCAAGGCAAGCGGAAUCGCUCAGUGGUUGAUUGCCAAGGUAGAUGACAUGGUGGUUAUUAGAGGCAUGGAAUAUCGGAUGCUAUUUAAACCAUGGAUGACCAGGGCAGAAUUGAAAGCGCAGAAGAGACAAGAAGACGAGACGAAGUUCUGGGUGGUAGCGCUGAGAGUACCGCUAAGAGCAAUGUUCCACGUCGGCGACCUAGUUUCUCAGGCUAUGGGUCCCAUCAUCCAUCGCCAUCCACCUGAGCCGGACCCUUCAAGACCAAAGCUGAUGAAUCUGAAAUUCGAUCUAGCAAGAGAGGCCGAAGAAAGGUUCGAAGCCAUGCUCCCGAUGAUGUUGGAGGAUGGAGAGAAGUACGAGGUCCAAUUUGUAUGCAAAUCAACACCGUGGUGCACUCGGUGUCGGUGGUGGUUUUAUACGGAGAACGAUGGCUGCCCAAGAGAAGGGGAGGUAGAGGAGAACGAGAGAGACGCGAGGGGCAACACGAACCGAAGACCUCAUCGAGGAGAUGCAGUUUUUCAACGGGAUAUCCGAGGAGCGGCUAGGGAGCCAGAUACGGACAAUGCUGGAAGGGGGGAGUUGAGUGAAGCAGGAGGACGAGGACAACUACAGGAGACUUCGGGCGUGGCGCGACUAGGGGAUCGAGGUCAUCUCCACCAAGAAAGAGUACAACAGCUGAGGGUCGGUGAAAAUCACCAGAGAAGGGGACCACAUGGAGGAGAGAUGCAGAACUUUAACCCAACGCGUGGCGCACAACCAGGAACGUGGGACUCGCAUACUGAGGGGGGUGAUCCUUACCUGGCAGCUAUGCAAUACAACCCCAUGUGGCAUCAACCACAAACAGCGGGUAAUAUGCAUGGGCGAUGGUCCAACGCAGGCUUACCAGGUUACCAAUUCUCUCCCCAGUUAUUGGGACCCAUGCUUGCAAAUAUGGCGGUCGGUAACAAUUGGGGCUCCAGAUCAGGGGUGGAGCGGCCCAUACCGACAAAAGGUGGGAGAAGAAUCAAGGAACGAGUAGUCACGGAAGACGGAGGACAUGGAGUCCCUACAGGAGAUGAUCGUAUGAAAGCUCUUGCGGAGGAGGACAAGCCAGUGCUUCCAAUGUCGUAAUCGAUCACUCACAGAACGGCGACGGAAGAACCGCAAAGAAACGAAGGGCGAUCCCAGAUGGCGUCAGCACACAUGAUCUUGGAGAACAAGUUUACGAAG